AUGUAUCGCUGGACCGUUGGACCUGUUGUUGCCCGUCCUUUGCUGCUAGUCGUGGAAAUCCCUGACGCCAUCCUUCCACCACCAUCACAUCCGCCAUCAGCAUCAGUGCCAGUACCUACUACUACAACUACGUCUUCUGUGCCAACUAUGCAAUCAACUGUUUCUCCGUCUCCUCUUGUACGUACUUCGCCAUUUAGACGCGAAAAUACAGAGCACGGCACACGCUUGGUAACUCCUCGUCCUACCUCGUUCUUCUGA